GCACCUACCGGUUGUCAACAGUUAUUGCGCAUGUGGAGCAGCCGUAUGGCUCCAUGCUUUACGGCAAUCAACCCGUAUCUUUCAGUUCUCUGUGUAAAUCCAUGUUCUUUGGUCGCUGAAUUGAACCGAGAUCUGCAGUCUGCAGUCAGGGAAAUAACCCAAACAGACAAAAAUGGCUCAUCUUACUGAAAACCCCGCUGACAAAGAGAGGUUCAUCUGCAUCUAUCCCAUCUACGUCAACAGUAAGAAGACACUGGCUGAAGGACGGAGGAUCCCCACAGAGAAGGCGGUGGAGAACCCGUCCUGCGCUGAGAUCAGAGACGUGCUGACAGCAGCCGGAAUGAACGUCUAUGUGGAGAACAAAAUGCAUCCCAGGGAGUGGAACAGGGAUGUGCAGUUCAGAGGUCGGGUCAGAGUCCAAGUGAAGCAGGAGGACGGCAGCCUCUGUCAGGACAAGUUCUCCUCCCGUAAAGAUGUCAUGUUUUACGUAGCGGAGAUGAUCCCCAAACUAAAGACUCGGACCCAGAAGAGUGGAUCAGGAGACGCCAGCUCUCAGCAAGGAGAGGGAGGAAAGAAGAGCAAGAAAAAGAAGAAAUAGACUUGUGUAAAUUGCAUUUUUUCUUUUUAAAUUAAUUUUAAAUUUGAGCUCAGUCAGCCAAAAUCAAACUCUGAAACUACACUGAAGCCAGUUGUUUUUUUAAAAGAACUUUAUUAACAUGAAGAUGUUGAGCUGUAGGCUUCCAAAGGGAAAUAUUUCCGUUUUCCCUUUUUCGAUUCUUUAUGUUUGGACCCUACUGAACAUUUCUAUGAUGGGUGAUCUGUAACACCUCCUCACAGCUGAUCAUGAAGUUUCCCAAAAAAAAAGGCAGAUAAAAGAGCUUAUUUCUGUUAUUUCAAGUUUCAAAGUGGCUGGAGUGCUUCAUUUGUUUCAGUUUAACACUUUGUCCCUUUUUACUCCCUUUUUUUUCAACUACAUUGUGUCUGUUUGAAGACAAGAUGAAUAAAGAGUUCAUUUUCUCACA